AUGUCGAACGGAAAGACCUUCCAGCUCAGCAACGGUGUCACCAUCCCCGGUGUGGGGUUCGGUACCUUCGCCAGCGAGGGUGCUGAGGGCGAGACCUACCGCGCUGUCACCAAGGCCCUUGAGGUCGGAUACAGGCACCUGGAUUGUGCCUGGUACUACCUCAACGAGGGCGAGGUUGGCGAUGCUCUCCAGGACUUCCUCAAGGCGAACCCCUCCGUCAAGCGCUCCGACAUCUUCAUUUGCACCAAGGUCUGGAACCACCUGCACCGCCCUGAAGACGUCCGCUGGUCGAUCGAUGACUCUCUGAGGAGACUCAAGACCGACUACGUCGACCUUUUCCUCGUCCACUGGCCCAUUGCCGCCGAGAAGGAUGGCCAGGAAAAGCCCAAGAUUGGCGCUGAUGGAAAGUACGUUAUCCUCAAGGACUUGACCGAAGACCCCAAGCCCACAUGGGAGGCCAUGGAGAAGCUGUACGAAGACAAGAAGGCCCGCGCCAUCGGUGUCUCGAACUGGACCAUCGAAGGCCUAGAGAAGCUCUUGAAGUACGCCAAGGUCAAGCCUCACCUCAACCAGAUCGAAGUCCACCCCUUCCUGCCCAACGAGGAGCUGGUGCAGUACUGCUUCAAGAACGGCAUCAUGCCCGAGGCCUACUCCCCUCUGGGAUCCCAGAACCAGGUCCCCACCACCGGCGAGCGCGUCAGCGAGAACGCUACCCUGAACGACAUCGCCAAGAAGGGCGGCAACACCCUCGCCCAGGUCCUGAUUGCCUGGGGUCUGCGCCGCGGCUACGUCGUGCUCCCCAAGAGCUCCAACCCCGCGCGUAUUGAGUCCAACUUCAAGAGCAUUGAGCUCUCCGAUGCCGACUACGCCGCUGUCAACAAGGUCGCUGAGGGCCGUCACUUCCGCUUCGUCAACAUGAAGGACACCUUCGGUUACGACGUGUGGCCUGAGGAGACUGCCAAGAACAUCUCUGCUUAG